GAACGCGGCUCGGCUAGCGGCUAGCACGUUAGCUCGACAGGAAAAGCAAGCGUCAACGGGGACAGAGCGAGACAGACGUUAUACCAAAUCACUUCUGUAACACGAAGGGAGAUAUACGUCGGCACUGACAGUGCUGCCUUUGAUAAGUAGAGUUAGCUCCGAGGCAAGCUAUUAGGGAUCAUUUAACUGUCGAGCCUCUAAGUUAAACGGGUUGUUUUCUUACGGCAGACAUUUACUUGAGCUGGUAGCCUGUUAGCUAGCCUGCGCGUUAGCUAACGCUUCAGACCGAGGCAGAGGAAAAGUCCACUUUUGAUAUUUUUCACCGCAGGAUCAUCGCCCAGCUGUGGCAUAAUGACAUCAAGGAAGAAAGUACUACUCAAAGUCAUCAUCCUCGGAGACUCCGGAGUUGGGAAGACCUCUUUGAUGAACCAGUAUGUCAAUAAGAAGUUCAGUAACCAGUACAAAGCCACAAUAGGUGCUGAUUUCCUGACGAAAGAAGUCAUGGUGGAUGACAGACUUGUCACAAUGCAGAUUUGGGACACAGCAGGUCAGGAGAGGUUCCAGUCCUUAGGUGUGGCUUUCUACCGCGGAGCAGACUGCUGUGUCCUGGUGUUUGACGUGACAGCACCGAACACCUUCAAGACUCUAGACAGCUGGAGGGACGAGUUCUUGAUCCAGGCCAGCCCCCGAGACCCGGAGAAUUUCCCCUUUGUGGUGCUGGGUAACAAGAUUGACUUGGAGAACAGACAGGUAACAACCAAACGAGCACAGGCUUGGUGUCAGAGCAAGAACAACAUCCCAUAUUUCGAAACCAGCGCCAAGGAGGCGAUCAAUGUGGAGCAAGCGUUCCAGACUAUUGCACGCAACGCUCUUAAACAGGAGACUGAAGUGGAGUUGUACAACGAGUUCCCUGAGCCGAUAAAGCUGGACAGGAGCGAGCGAGCCAAGCCGUCAGCAGAGACCUGCAGCUGCUGAGGACUCUGAAGCUCUUCGAGGGGGCGGGGGGGUUGUCACUACCCUCACUACCCUGUCUUGCCUUGUCUAUAUAUCCCCUUUCCCAUGGCCCACUGUGUUAAUCCCUGAUGUCCAACAUACAAGCAGCAUCCCACUCAUAGAAUAUACUACUACACACACAAACAUGCCGCACUCACCUCCUUAUGUAUACAAAACAUUUUCUAUAAAAUAUGAGUCUCCUAGCCCAAAGAACACCGUAAGGAAACAUUAUGGAAUUUACUUGUAUGAUGCUCAUUACUUCCCAGUGUUUCCCUACACUUUUUCAUGACUGUGGUGGCUUGGGCUAAUCUCAUUUUCGGUUUCAUGUAUAUCACUGCUUUCACAUCCAGUUUUGGUUCUAACGGCUUUUAUUUGGAUACUUAAAGUGGUAAAUCCAAGCAUUAUCUCUAUACAUGUUUGUGUCAAUGAGUAAAGUUAGAAAACUAAUGUUAUUUGUUGUUUGUUUUUUUAAAAAUCAAAGUUUCUUUGGCUGUGGUGGUUUUUACUUUCAUGGCCCACCACUGCUGCUUGAAAAGAGGAAACACUGCUCCCCCAUUUUAGUUAUUUGUGUUGUGGCUUAAUUUAAAUUUUACUCCCAAAAACACUUGGUUUCACUUUACCUCAUGCAAUCUUAAAAAAGCUCUGAUAUAUAACGGAGUCAGAACUGAAAUAGUGAGUCAGUGUGUAAAGGUGCAUGUGUGGAUCACAUUGCCUCUUGAUUCUCAUUAAUUAGUACAGUGUUGAAAAUCAGAAGUAUGUACAGAUUUCUUUUUUCUUUUGCACUUGCGGUCAUCCACAAUAACUGAAGACUUGUUCAGACAUCACAUUUUGGAGCCACAAUAAAUGCAAUUGUAGCUCAGGUUGAGGACAUCUUGUGAAUCCAGACUCAGCUUCUUGAUCUAAGUGCUGUCCCUAACACACUAUUUGCUGUUCCUGGACUAAGGAAGUGAAGUUUCGUCUUGUAAUCAGUUAUUCUUGGUGCAACAUUUGACAUGGGAAUGAACCAAAUCAAGAAAGCAUGUCAUUCUACCUACAGGAGA